AUGGUAGCAGAAGAGACAAAUGAAACUAUGGCGGUACAGGCGGGAGAGAUGGAAACUAAAACAGCUGCAAAUAAAAUUGGAACAGUCAGGCCAUUUUAUGCAACAAGAACAGAAAGCAGUCAGCAUCUGGUUUCACAGGAGAAUCUCGUAGGAGAAGGCAGAGUGGAUCUGAUUGAUUUCAGGGAGUCAGAUGAUCAGACUGACUCCAGUGUAUUCAACAACUUGCUAAUUGAUCUAUCAUUGGAUUCAGUUAAUACACUAAGGAAAAUCAACAAAUUCACCAAAUACAGUCCAUUGGAACAAAGGCAAUUUAUGUUGGCGAUGAAAGUGUAUCAGGAUAGUGGGACACUGGGUGCAUCACUGAUAUUUGAAAUAUUCAUCAAAAUACACUUACACAAUAAGAUCACCAAAAAUAGUCUAGAAAUUACAGACAUUAAUCACGAAGCAACUAAUAUGAUACGAAAUCUAGCUGAUAAACACAUCAAUAUCGAGAGAGACGGCAAAAUAAACAUUCUGGCAUUCAUAGUCAGCAAAAUAACCACAAACCAAAUCAAUAGUGCAAUAUUCAAGUACGACAUCUACUAUUACAUUGAAAUAGAAUUCAUCAAUCAGUCUAAUUUCAAUAGGAACAUCAUCUACGAAAUGAAUCAACUGAAUCAGAACACCCUUAUAAAUUGGAGUAAGGCAACUGAGAGCAAAUACAAGUUCAUCAAUGAGACGAAUGAAGUAUUGCUCAAUCAGAUUAAGCACAUGUCAAAUGCAUCUGUUUUGGUCACACUGUUGGAGAACCUGAGGAACUAUGAGUAUGUAUGGAUCAAAAUUGAUUUCAUACAGAAGAACUGUCUCUACUGUGUGGAGAAAUUGCUGAUUGAUGUUUAUUUGAAUGGAAAUAGGGUAGUUGGCAGCAAUUCGAAUAAGCUAGGAAACAGUCUAGAAAAUAUCACUGGAACAGAUCUAGCAACAUUUAUCAGUCCAAAAGAAAAGAAAAGUGGAACAAACUACAAGACACUGAUAAGAAUACUGAAGAAGUUGGAUAACUUCCCACUAUUGAUCAAUUUUAUACGAAAAACAGGGUGUACUGAAGUAAGCAGGCUCUUUUACGAUAUGGCAAACAACAAUAAGAUUCAGAACUGCUACUUUGUGGAAGCAUUGAUAAUCAAUUUGGAGGAAUUACAUCUUCUUAAUGAGACUAAGCUACAGGAAUUAGUUGGAACAUGUUAUUUGAUCUAUAUUCUGGAUGAAUACAAGAACUACAAGAGGACAAUGAGAGUCCUAGUUGGUAGGAAGAUGAUCAAUUACGUGAUUAUUGAUUCCAUCAACAAGAAUCCAAACAAGAGCCUGAGAAACACCAAUCAAACAAUUAAGAAAAUUGAUUAUUUGUUGGGGCUGAUUGAAAUCAGUGAGCUUGAGAAAAUAACAGAAAAAGAUGGCAACAAAACAGCAGCACAGUUACUGAACAGAAUGUACCAAAAAGAGAUCAGGAUUCUCUUAGAAGAUCACAAUGUUGAUUUCAACACCAAAACGAGUUUGAUCAACAUAUUCAUGGGAUUAAGAAACCCAAAGUACCUGGAUGAAGUAUUCAAAAUAACUGGAUCAAUAUUAAUCAAUAGAAUCAAACAUAUUCUAGAGGAUGAUACAUUCAAUACGUUUGUGAUAGAAUUGAUCAGGUCAUUGAUCAGGAAGAAUAUUUGUGUACAGAAUAUUCAGAAUAGCAUUGGGGAUGAAAUGAUAAGGAACAUCCUGGAAAACUCAGGUGAAAUGGAAGAUGGACACUACCUCAGGGAUGCCAAGGUGGAAAUUGAAACUAAAGAAAAGGAAUUUACACUGAUACUGCUAGGAAAUAAUUUGAAUGAGUUGGUAGUUGAAUUCACAGAUGAAAUGGGGAUGAUUGAAACAUAUUGUGACAUGAAUGUGGGUGAUAGAAUGCAAAUUCAGUACAAAAACAAGGUGCUUAAGACAACAAACAAACAGAUCAGUAUGAAAAACAUUAGGAAAAUAGUGAUAAAGAACAGGACAACAAACCAUGUGCUACUAAAGCAGCUCUUCUAUUACGAAGUAGCAAUUGAUAUCGACUAUCCCAAGAAUGAGACUGAUCUAUAUCAGCUAUACGUGAAACCACUGAUGAAAUUGCUUGAAUUCCACCGGAAAAAUGGUGUUGCAAUUAGGAAGCACAUUGUGAAUCUCAGUAAGGAGAAUGUACAGUUGAAAAUGCAUAACGUGAUGGCGUUGCAGCAGAAUAAAGAGUGA